GUGGGGGGGUAGGGUGCGCUGUGUAUAUCUGAGCCAGAGAAAGAGGUGAGUCGCCCAGGACGGAUUGGAGCCCCGGGAGCUGGGCGCGGCGGAGGCCCCAGCGUUGGCAUCCCUGUUGGUGUAUGUGUGGUAACAAUAUGUCUGUGCCCCUGCUCUCCGACGCCGCGACUGUUUCAGGAGCUGAGCGGGAGACAGCAGCGGUUAUUUUUUUACAUGGGCUUGGAGACUCAGGGCACAGCUGGGCUGAUGCCCUUUCCUCCAUACGCCUUCCCUAUGUCAAGUACAUCUGUCCCCAUGCGCCUCGGAUCCCGGUCACACUGAACAUGAAGAUGGUGAUGCCUUCCUGGUUUGACCUGAUGGGUCUGAGUCCUGAUGCCCCGGAAGACGAAGCUGGAAUCAAGAAGGCUGCAGAGAGCAUCAAGGCCCUGAUUGAGCACGAGGUGAAGAAUGGAAUUCCAGCUAAUCGAAUCAUCUUGGGGGGCUUCUCCCAGGGUGGAGCCCUAUCCCUCUACACAGCUCUUACCUGCCCGCACCCCCUGGCUGGCAUCGUGGCACUCAGCUGCUGGCUGCCUCUGCAUCGGGCCUUCCCUCAGGCGGCCAACGGCAUGGCCCGGGACAUGGCCAUCCUGCAGUGCCACGGGGAGCUGGACCCCAUGGUGCCCGUGCGCUUCGGAGCCCUCACCUCAGAGAAACUCAAGUCCGUUGUCCCUCCAGCCAAGGUCCAGUUCAAGACUUACCCUGGUGUCAUGCACAGCUCCUGUCCCCAGGUCAGUGCAGAGGAAGCCUCCGCCUCCCCCCUCCCCCUUCUCCCUCCCCUCUCCCCUCCCUUACAGACUCUCCCCCUACAGGAGAUGGCAGCUGUGAAGGAGUUCAUUGAGAAGCUGCUGCCCCCCAUCUAAGGGGAUCCCUCUCUCCCCACAGCUCCCCGAGGCGGGGCCGAGGGGCCACCAGUGUUUGAUCUCUGACCGUGAAAUGGAAGCCAUGGCAGCCCCUCCCCGACCCCUGGGUCCUACCCCUUGGAGAUCAUUUCUUUCCAAACUCUUGUCCCCAUCCCUGUCACUUUUCCUGCCCCCUCUCUCCUGGGAGGUUGGGGGUUUGGCGGGAGCAGCCUCCUUUCUCCUGGGAGGCCUGAGACCUCCGCUGCCAGUCUGUCCUCCGGGAGCUUCAGGGGUGAAGGUCCCCUUUCCCUUACCCCAGGGCCACAGUAUUGCAAGGGGUGCAUGGGGGCCCAGCUGCUGACCCACUCAGGACCUGAAUGUACCUCACGGGUCCAGCGUCUGGGUGUACCUUAUCUGCCCCCCCAGGUGACCUCAGUGUUUGGGGAGGGGGUGGCUGCCAGCUCCCUCCACCCAUGCACCUACUCCCCCCCUCCUCCUGUUGCAAGGAGAGCUGGGGUCCUCUCUUCCUUAUUCAGAUAAUCACGUCUUCUGUCGCUUUUCUGCCCCCUGACCCUCAUCAUGAAUGUCUGCUGACAAUGCGCCUACCCUGGGCCCAAGGCCCCUCUUGCUGCUGUGCCCCUUCCUGCAAGGGAGGGGCUUGGGCCCAGGCCUUGGGGGUGGGGGUAGGGAUUGGGCAGGUGCUCCGAGGCUGGAGCUCCUCGGUCCUUAACCCCACUCUCCCAAGAAGGACCCUGGUGGGAUCUCCUUCCCAGCCUGUGGGGCUGUGGUUUGGAUUAAUCUCUGCUCAGACAACCUUCCUCCCUCCAGAUGUUUCUGGGCCAGGGGAGCUGGGUCCUGUGCGCUGGGGGAAAGGAGGGAGGUCCUAUUCCCUUGCCUCAGUUGGAUGGUGCCCAGAUGUUCUUGGCCUGCUCUCCUCAUCCUCUUCCCCCUAGGGAGGGGGCUGAGGCUCAGGUUCUGAGCCUCAAAGGGCUCAUCUUCCUCCUCCUCCAUGUGGUUUUGGGUGUUUUUGUUUCUUGUUUUGUGUCUCCAAGUCAAAUCAGAAUAAAGAAAAAUAAACCUUC